CUUCGAUUCUGCUUUUUUGUCGAGGGUCUGGAGGCACCUCUGACGUCCAACGGUCAAGCCGCAUCGCUGCUGAAUCCGUCAGUUCCCGUUCGAUCCGGGUCUUCAGCUUGAUACUUUUGUUGGGGUCGAUGUGGUGUCGCGGCUGCCGCAGCUCCUGCCUUAAACAAAAUCAGAGCCCUCGACAAACAAAGAAGGCGCCUUCCUUUGAAGUAUUCUCGUCGCGCUCCGACCAACAACUUCGUACCUAAUCAACAUUCGUCAUCCCGCUCAACCUUUCACCUUCACCUCACCUCUCAACAUCAUCCAUCAUGGAUGACUCAGAUACUUCAUGCUACAGUAUCUUCAACUGUGCCGAGCAAUGUGACUUCGACUCGAUUGGUGACCUCGAAGAAGAGGCUGGCAUGAAGAUCUACUCCACCACGAGCGAGGAGAAGAUUGCAGUCAAGCACGCCCUCAACGCCGGACUUCUAGAGACUUUGUACAUGAGGUACUAUCUGAUCUAUGAUGACGACGGCACGCGCAAGCUCAUCCUCCUCGUUGCGAUGGCCAUGAGGGUUGGUGCAGACAUCAGCCGCUUGAUGAAGGCUUGCACGAAGCGCCAAAUCCGUGAAAUCAAGAACGACUUAAUGACACAUCCCAUAGCGCUCAAACAGAUGAGUAUCGCUCUUGAAACUUACGUCUCCGGAGAAUGCUAUGACUUCGACAAUCCCAGCAUCGAGGAGGUUUUCGAACGCUUGGUUGCUGAAGAAGAGGCCCAUGAGAAGGCUGUCUCCGAGCUUGUGGCCAAGGGUUACGACGAGAAAAUGACCGAAUGUAAGCUCGACCUCGAUGGGCGCGAGUCCGAAGUCAAAUCCACCUAG